GGGGUACCUUUAGCAAUGGGAGGCCGUGCUUCAUGCAGACCUGAAACUCAGCACCGAGGUCCUGCUGCUCAUUCAGAGAAUGAUCUCCCUGAACAAGAGGAGGAAAUUCUGGGAUCAGACGAUGAUGAACAGGAGGAUCCAAAUGAUUACUGUAAAGGUGGUUAUCAUCUAGUGAAAAUAGGAGAUCUAUUCAACGGCCGAUACCAUGUCAUCCGGAAGCUUGGAUGGGGGCACUUUUCCACCGUGUGGCUAGCUUGGGAUAUUCAGGGCAAGAGGUUUGUGGCAAUGAAAGUAGUGAAGAGUGCUGAGCACUACACUGAAACAGCGCUGGAUGAGAUCAAACUGCUGAAGUCGGUCCGCAACAGUGAUCCCAGUGAUCCGAAUAAAGAGAGAGUGGUUCAGUUAUUAGAUGACUUCAAGAUCUCAGGAGUGAAUGGCUCCCAUAUCUGUAUGGUGUUCGAAGUUCUAGGACAUCAUCUUCUGAAGUGGAUCAUCAAGUCAAAUUAUCAGGGGCUUCCACUCCCCUGUGUCAAAAAAAUCAUCCAACAGGUUCUGCAGGGCCUGGAUUACUUGCACGCAAAAUGUCGGAUCAUCCAUACGGAUAUUAAACCUGAGAACAUUCUUCUGUGUGUUAAUGACCAGUACAUUCGCAGGCUGGCUGCAGAAGCAACAGAGUGGCAGAGAUCUGGGGCUCCCCCUCCAUCUGGCUCUGCAGUGAGUACUGCACCACAACCCAAACCAGCUGACAAAAUGUCAAAGAAUAAGAAAAAGAAAUUAAAAAAGAAACAGAAACGGCAAGCUGAACUACUAGAAAAGCGAAUGCAGGAGAUAGAGGAAAUGGAGAAGGAAGCCAGCCCAGUUCAAACACAGCCUACAGAUCAGGAAGAAACUCAGAAUCCCCUUCACAUCCUUCUGAAAGAGAGUCCACAAGAUGAAGGGCUGCCACAUAAAUCAGAUGAAAAUCUUCAUGUGAAAGAGCAGACUAUCCUAAUGGAUGGUGGCGUAGAAAAAUGCAUAAUGGAAAUCAAUUGCAACGGUGUAGUGCAAACGACAGGCUUCUCGGACUCCAACAACCAAGGGCCUGAGCAUCUUGAGGAAGAUCUUCAUAAUGCCAAUGACUGUGGCGAGGACCCUCUAGCACAGGAGGAGAACAACUUCCACGGCUGUAGUUACAGCCAGCGUAAUGGAGACUCUGAGGACAGACCACAAGAAACCAUGGUGGACUCAUGUGUACCUAUAAUUUCCGAGGUGCUAGAUUCCAUGGUGUGUCAGGCAACUUCAAGCGAAGAGCAAUCAUAUAACGAGCAGGAGAUUAGCCAUUUGCAACAGCGUAUCCAGGCAGAGCUACCCUCAGAGGAUGAGAACGAAAAUGGCUCGUCUGUGAAUAAAGGAAAAUCCACUCCUGGGAAUUUCCUCCUUAAUCCUCUUGAACCCAAGAAUGCCGAUAAGCUUAAAGUGAAGAUUGCUGACCUAGGAAAUGCCUGCUGGGUGCACAAGCACUUCACUGAAGAUAUUCAGACAAGGCAAUACCGAUCUCUGGAGGUAUUGAUUGGAUCUGGUUAUAACACUCCUGCUGACAUCUGGAGCACAGCUUGUAUGGCCUUUGAAUUGGCUACAGGAGACUACCUGUUUGAGCCUCACUCUGGAGAAGACUACUCUCGGGAUGAAGAUCACAUUGCAUUGAUUAUAGAACUUCUGGGGAAAAUACCUCGCAAGCUCAUUCUGGCAGGAAAAUAUUCUAAGGAGUUUUUCACCAAAAAAGGUGAUCUGAAGCACAUCACCAAACUGAAGCCCUGGGGCCUUUUUGAAGUCCUUGUGGAGAAAUAUGAGUGGCCUCAAGAUGAGGCGGCUGCAUUCACAGACUUCUUAUUACCUAUGUUGGAGCUGGUUCCAGAGAAACGGGCCACAGCAGGAGAGUGUCUCAGGCACCCUUGGCUUAACUCCUAGAGGCUUCAACACAGUACCACAGCCCUACUCUCUGGUUUACAGCGUAGCAUACAUACAUCCAGCUGCCCCUUCCUAGAUCCAUUUUUUUUCAUGUUCAUUUUCAGUGUGAAGCUCUUCCUUCAAGGCUUCCAAGAUUUUAGAUAAAUCUAACCUGUUCAAUUGAAUUUGCUUAUUUGACUCAGUGGGGACUCUCUUCAGCCAAUGGGCACCAUCAUCUGAUUUUUGCCUUGAUUGGGCUUUGCCAAAGACUAAUUGACUGACUGGAACAUGAAGUUGCCCCUGAGUCUAUUCACUGUUAACAUGCUAUAUCCUGUAAGUGUGAGCUGAUCUGCACUGGAAUAUACUCCUUUCACUAAGUUACAGCAAUCCUUUGUUUUGUGAGAGGGAUGUGAAAACCUGCAACUCCCUCCUUAGCUUACUGACUCGGGAGUUAAUUUUUCCACUGCACAUCUAGUAGCUAGUGGCAGCAUAAAUAGCAGAUGAUACUAAGGUGUUUAACUUCAUGUGGAGCAAAGAACUAGGAAUCCUCCAUUCUUUCCUAGGUGCCUGUUCCAUUCCUCGGGUAAUUUCGUACAUUCUUUCCAGUCAAAUAAUUUUCUUUAGUUUUAGCCACUUUUUUUUUGUUUUUGAAACAAGCUGUAUUUAAAAACUAGUUUUUUUGUACUAUUUUUUUCCCCCAGUGUUCAGAUUAGUUUCUGAAUUCAGUGAAACCUGCUCUGCUCUCUUGAAUGCCUGAGCCUUUUGGACUAAAACUUGACAAGGGAAAUAAAAGCAAAAGCUGGAAGAGAUAAACGCACAAUCUUCAGAGUACAGAUGUGUACACCCUUUGGCUGCAGAGAGGUAGCCGUGCUUCAGGCAUUUCGUCCUAGACGUUUGAGUGAGCUGUGAGGCCCCCCCCCACUCCACCCCCCACUGGCACUUCCUUUGCCUUGCUUAAGGUUGCCAUUGCAUCAGUAAGCAGUUGGCUUUCACUCUAGAAAGAUGGAACAUACUCUUGCUCUUAUUUUGACUACUCACUUCUGAAGAGAGGGUGGUGGCAUCUGUGUGUUACAGCCACAUUAUCCUUUGACUUUGAAACACCGCACUUGUAAAGAUUUCUACUCUGUUAACCUGCCUCAGGUGUUAGCCUUUAUAAGUAACAGCCCUGAAUGGGAUUGCCUUUUAUUUUCUGAGGCAUUUGGGUACGUGGGCAUUAACACAAGGACAGCUGAACUAGAUGGGAGAAGAGUGUGUUGGCCUUUUCCCUGUAAACACAGGGUCAGCUGAUGUUUCCUAGAAUCACACCAAAUAAGGUUGCUCAGUAGAAUACAAUAUAAGCUUUUAAACUUCCCUGAGGGGAUUGGACGUAACUGAAGUUUGUGGGUUUAUUUUAAUUAAAAGUUAAAGAAUUGUAGCAUUUGCUAGUUUUAUGAUGGUCUCUCCUAGACUUGCCCAAGCUAUUACAGAUUCAUUGCAUCCUACUCUAAAGCAAGGUUUGGCAGUGUUGGAACUCCUCACCAUGGACCAAACAGGCCUUUGGGAUCAUGAAGCUCUCAGAGGAUAGAAGCUGCUGCAGGACUCUGGACCUCACAGAAGGCCAAGCAGGCACUAUUUGAGAUAUGAUACCAAAGCUGCCAGUGAGACUGUUACAUGUAACUUUCUAUGUGUGUUUGACAUCUCAGUCCAUAACAAUCUUUCAUCCACAAAACUGGUGCCAUUACUUAAUCCACGUCAAAAGUUGUUUGUCCUGUCUAAUAACGCCUGGCUGGGCCCCUAAUGAAAUCCAUGCUGCAUGUCCAUUUAGGGAUUCUUAGGUCAGAUUCUCUAUGCAUCUUGUCCAAUGUUAAAGGAGAGAAACAUACCAAAAUAGUAAACCUGCUGAAUGAUAUUUCCAGCCACCUGGAAUUCUUACUCUGAUUCCAAGCAUCAUUCUUGCAUCUGUUGCAAGGGGAUUACAGACAGGAUUGGAUUACUAGAACAAUUACCUUCUCUUUAAAUACUGUGAAGUCUUAUUGGCAGGGUUAAUGGAACUUCUGCUGGUAUUCCUAGAGCUCAUCAAGCCCUGUGCACUUCAGCAACCUGGCUGACCUAAAGGAAUGACAUGCUCAUAGCAGGGGCAGGGAGGGGGGCUGCAAACUUGUUUUUGAGAUCUGUUCCCCCCUUCCCCCCGUCUCCCCAAUCAGAAGAGAUCUUUAUCCUCUGCUAGUAGUAAAAGAGCCAGCGUGUGGGUUGAAGACAUGCAGAAGCAGCUGUCAGGAUUCGGUCUUGUACCUUGUGUGCUUGCUCACUUGAGGUUCAUUACUUUUCAAAUUGCCAUAAAGUGCUCACUAAAGGAUUUGUAUUUGCUGUGUCAGUCUAAAACCUGAAGGAAAAUACAUUUUUAUUCUUUCUACUUGGACGCAUUGUCUUUUUUUCUUUGUAAAUGCAGUACAAUAAACAGAAUAUUUAAUAACCCAUA